AUGUCGCUCGAUGUUUUGAUCCAAGAGUAUAUGGACAUGCCAGUGGUCACCCGGGCCUAUACGACAGCAUGCGUCUUAACUACCUUGGCCGUGCAACUGGAUAUUGUCACUCCGUUCCACCUGUACUAUAACCCUGUAUUGAUUUACAAACAUUUUGAGUUAUGGAGACUAAUCACGUGCUUCUGCUUUCUUGGCACGUUUGGGUUCAGUUUCUUGUUCAACAUGAUCUUUACCUACCGCUACUGCCGCAUGCUUGAAGAAGGAUCUUUCAGAGGCAAGACGGCCGAUUUCGUGUACAUGUUCUUGUUUGGGGGAACGUUUAUGUGCAUCAUGGCACUGUUUGUCAACAUGGUGUUUCUUGGUCAGGCGUUGACGAUAAUGCUGGUGUACAUAUGGAGUCGCCGAAAUCCAUACAUCAGGAUGAAUUUUUUCGGCAUUUUGAUAUUUCAAGCUCCGUAUCUGCCUUGGAUUCUGUUGGGAUUCUCGAUUCUGCUCGGAAAUGCGGUCAUCGUCGAUUUUAUGGGCAUAGCUUGCGGUCAUUUUUAUUACUUCCUUGUUGACGUGUUUCCCAAUCAGCCAGGCGGAUUUGAAGUUUUAAAAACACCUGCGAUUCUGUAA